CCAAAGGCCGCCAUGAUAGGUAGAGCCCAUAGCCCAAAACAGUGUAAAUAAAUCAAAACAAGAUGAGUAAAAUUGGUAAUCAACUUGUCGGUCAAGUCCCCCAUACGAGAGUUGCAAACCAUUCUAGAAACCACGAGAGAAAGAAGAUUGCCGAACCUCCUGGAAACUCCUCCACCCCCAACUCCGUUUCCAGAAACUUCCAUGCCCAGUGCGGCGCUCCCUAUAAAUACGGACCCUGUGGAAUGAGCUGCAAAAAGCAGAUUGAAUUUACCACAGCUACAAACACAACCACAAAAUCCCAACAGAAAUUCCCACAUCAAAGAAAGGAAAAUGGAUUUCAGGAUCAUGGGUUUGGACGCUCCACUCCUCCAAACCAUCCAGCAUAUGAUGGACACGUCAGAGGAUGCCGAGAAGUCCAUCAGCGGCCCAUCUCGCACCUACGUGCGAGACGCCAAGGCCAUGGCAGCCACUCCGGCCGAUGUGAAGGAAUACCCCAACUCUUAUGUGUUCAUUGUCGACAUGCCGGGGCUGAAGUCGGGGGACAUCAAAGUUCAGGUGGAGAGUGACAAUGUGCUGUUGAUCAGCGGAGAAAGAAAGCGAGAGGAAGAGAAGGAGGGGGCAAAGUAUCUGAGGAUGGAGAGGAGGGUCGGAAAGCUUAUGAGGAAAUUUGUGCUGCCUGAGAAUGCCAACACCGAUGCCAUCUCCGCCGUGUGCCAGGAUGGAGUGUUGACCGUGACUGUGGAGAAGUUGCCCCCGCCGGAGCCAAAGAAGCCCAAGACCAUUGAGGUUAAAAUUGCCUAAACAAAGGUGAUGAGUUUCAUGUUAUGGUCUGUGACUCAGUGUCCCAUGCCCCCAGGGGUUAUAAAUAAAAUCUGAGUUUGUGUGUUUGAGUGCUGCAUUGUGUGUUUUUCGUUUUCCUUAUCAUAAGUAUGUAACAAUGAUAUUCGGUACUUCCUUAUGUAUUGUCUCUCUCUUUCUCUGUUUUUGAAUUGAAGAUCUUAAAUCCAAAAAAAUGAAAAAAAACCCC